AUGACCAUCGUGUUCCGGCCCUACCAGAGGGGUGUGUACUGUGACGAUGAGGACAUCAAGUACCCCGUCAAACCUGACACUAUCACCCACGGCCUGCUUGCUGCAGUCACCAUCUCCUGCACCGUCAUCAUCGUGAGUCCCUCCCUAUACUUUCCUCUCUGACACCUAGGUGAGAUAAAGAACAUCUGACCACUGAUUCCCAGACCAGUGUCACAAACAGGUGUUUAUUUUUGUAGCCAGUGGACCAAACCAGAUAUUAUCUGUCAUACUGGAAGGUUAGAUGUAAUUCAAGCCCCUCUCUCUUUCUCUUCCCAUAGCUAGCAUCAGGAGAGGCUUACCUGGUCUACAGUAAGAGGAUCCACUCUAAAUCCGAGUUCAACGGGUACGUGGCGGCGCUCUACAAGGUGCUGGGUACCUUCCUGUUUGGGGCAGCUGUCAGCCAAUCACUGACGGACCUGGCUAAGUUCACCAUCGGACGCCCGCGGCCCAACUUCAUGGCCGUCUGCAACCCCAAGGUCUGCAAAGGCUACAUGCUGGAUAUCAACUGCACCGGCAAUCCUCAGGAUGUCACUGAGUCCAGGUAGUUACUGAGGUAGAGGCUAUCAGGGGAAUAUUGUUGACGGGUGCAUUGCUCUAUGCCAGUGGUUAGUGCUGAAAUGGAACCAAUGCUUGCACAAAAUGCUGCUCACCAGGACCAGGGUUGGUGACCACAGCUUAAUGCUCUGGUAGAAACACACUGAAUAGAUCCACUGUAGUCUCCAAACAGCCAUGAAAGGUUGACAUAACAGGUUUUAAGAACAUACAUUCUUUCUCUAUUUUCCAGGUUGUCCUUCUACUCCGGCCACUCCUCCUUUGGGAUGUACUGUAUGCUGUUUCUAGCAGUGAGUAUACAAGGCUCAUGGAACAGACCCAAAUAUUUUACUACAAACACCGUCAUAUUCAACAUUCUCAAAUGGAAUCCAUUGAUGUAAUGCCUCUCCAUUUAAAUUAGGAGUAUCGGGGUAGAUAUGAAAAGGCAAAAUAGAACAGGCUUUACCGAGAGGGAUUGUGCUCAUAUAUAUAUAUAUAUAAGGGCAAGUCAAAAGUUCAGCUGACUUUGGACACAGAGGCUAAUGCCCUGCUGGACUGUCAUAGACCGGAGAUGAAGGCUAGGCCAGUGUUCUGUUUCUGGUUAUCCAGUUCAACUGCCCUGGCCCUUGUCAUUGUGUAUUUAGUAUUUAUUUAGUAUUUAUUAGGAUCCCCAUUAGCUGCUGACAAGGCAGCCGUUACUCUUCCUGGGGUCCAAACAGGAAUAAAACAACACAUCACAUCAAAACAAUAGUCUACUCCAUAAAUAAAACAAUGACAUCACAACAAAACAAUCUACAUAAUAAAUAAAACAAUUACAUCACCACAAAACAAUAGUCUACAUCAUAAAUAAAACGAUACAUCACACAGACAUUGUGCACUAUACAAAUUUACACUGCUCCACCAUUACACAUCUACAAUAUAAAAUGUACAAUAUUACAACGAUACAAUAUUACAAUAUUGGUGUGUGUACGUGCGUGACUUCUCAGUCCGUGUUUUUCCGUAUCUUCACAGUCAAUGUUGUGCCGUGAGGUGUUGUUUUAUCUGUUUUUUUUAAAUCUGAUUUUACUGCUAGUUUGAGUUACCUGAUAUGGAAGAGAGUUCUAUGUGGUCAUGGCUCUAUGUAGUACAGUGCAUUUCCCAGCGUCUAUUUUUGGACUUAGGGACUGUGAAGAGACCCCUGGUGUCAUGUCUUGUGGGAUAUGUAUGGGUGUCUGAGCUGUGUGCUAGCUGUUUGAACAGACAGUUUGGUACUUUCAACACAUCAAUAGCUCUCAAAAAUACAAGUAGUGAUGCAGGCCAUCACUCCUCUACUUUGAGCCAGGAGAGAUUGACCAUAUAACUGGGCAGUAGUCCAGGUGUGAUAAAACUAGGGCCUGUAGGACUUGUUUGGUUGAUUGUGAUGUCAAGAAAGCAGAGCAGUACUUUAUCACAGACAGACCUCUCCCAAUCUUAGCAACCGUUGCAUCAAUAUGUUUUGAGCAUGUCAGUUUACAAUCUAGGGUUACACCAAGCAGUUUAAUCUGCUCAACUCACUCAAUUGCCACAUUAUUCAUUAAAAGAUUUAGAUGAGGUUUAGGGUUUAGCGAAUGAUUUGUCCCAAACACAAUGCUUUUAGUUUUUUAUAUAUUUUGGAGUAGCUUAUUACUAGCCACCCAUUCUAAAACUGACUGUAGCUGUUUAAGGGUUGCAGUGAUUUCACUUGCUGUUGUAGCUGAUGUGUAUAAUGUUGAGUCAUAAACACACAAGCUUUACUCAAGGCUAGUGGUAGGUCAUUAGUAAAAAUAGAAAACAGUAAAGGACCAAGACAGCUGCCUUGAGGUAUACCACACUCUUACGUGAGAGAGGCUUCCAUUAAAUAAAACCCUCUGUGUUAUAUUAGAUAGGUAGCUCUCAAUCCACAAUAUGGCAGAGGAUGUAAAGUCAUAACACAGCAUCUUUUUCAGCAGCAGAUUACAAUCGAUAACCUCAAAAGCUGCACUGAAGUCCAACAAAACAGCUCCCACAAACUUCUUUCAGCUUAUCAUCAGUCAGUUGUCUCAGUGCCAUACAUGUUGAGUGCCCCUCCCUAUAAGCGUGCUGAAAGUCAGUUGUUAAUUAGUUUACUGUGAAAUAGCAUUGUAUCUGGUCAAACACAGUUAUUUCAAAAAAUGUACUAAGCAUCGGUAGCAGGCUGAUUGCUCAGCUGUUUUAACCAGUGAAGGGUACUUUAAUAUUCUUGGGUAGCGGAAUGACUUUUGCUUCCCUCCAGGCCUGAGGGCACACAUUUUCCUGUAGGCUUAGAUUGAAGAGAUGACAAAUAGGAGUGACAAUAUAGUCCACUACCAUCCUCAGUCAUUUUCCAUCCAAGUUGUCAGUACCAGAGGGUUUGUCAUCAUUGAUAGACAGCAAUAAAUCUAGCUAUGGAAAGACGGGCAGGCAAGGCAGGCGCCUCUAGCAGAUGACCCGGUCCUCACUGCCAAUCAAAGCAAUCAGUAAUUCGCUCUGCUUUGUUUAUCCCACAGACCCUUUAAUAUUCCCUAUUAGAUGUGAUUCAUAUCUCCAUUUCCCUACAAGUGUUGAAUGCUGAGAUUGAGUGUAUGUGUGGUAGGGGGGCAUGCAUGGAUGCCAAUUUACACACCUACUAUGGCAGGAGCCUGGUAGCAGCCCAGAGAAAUGAAUGUGCCAGUUAGACAUUCUGGCAGCAGCUCUCCUCUUCUGUGAAAAGGGUUUUCUGUCCAUUGUUAGGCAUAAAUUAGAUUAACAUUCAACAUCUUUUCAUGGUUUAUGCGAUUCUAAGCAUACCAAAUUUCAGUUUUUGCUGUGAUUUGAUUUAGUAUGAAUAGGCAUUUAACUUUUAAAUGAUAAAUGAUUGCCUGUUAUCAUGUUUAUCUGACUAAAUCAAAUCACAGUUUAUUUAAUGUGCAUUUAACAAAGUAACAACACACUUGACAGAAAGAAAAUAAAUACAAUUAUUGCCUGUUACAUGUUUAUCUGACUAGUGACUACAUGUAGCCUGCUGAUGUUAGCAUUGUGUAAAAGCUAAACAAUGUGCUUUCAUAUUAGCCACUUGUAGAAUGGACUCCCACACACUGUAUACAUGAGAAUAACAUUUACUAACAAAUGCUGUGUUUCAGACAUUCAUUGAGGCAUAUUUGAUGGACUGAAAUAUGAUGAUAGGCUUAGUGUAACUGGGGCCAGUUUACAGUCAAAAACAUUGCCUUAUUUGUUGAGAUGGUUCACUAUUUGCGAACACAAAAACCACUAAUGACCUCAAUCAGCAGUAAAAGCAAAUUGUCUUCAAACAAAGAUAGCUCUUCUUAUGAGAACUAAAACAUCUCCUCCCACUCUUUCUCUCUAGUUGUAUGUCCAGGCGAGGCUGAGGGCAAAGUGGGCCAGACUCCUCCGACCCACGAUCCAGUUCUUCCUGGUGGCCUUUGCUGUGUACGUGGGCUACACCCGCGUGUCUGAUUACAAGCACCACUGGAGCGACGUUCUGGUGGGCCUCCUCCAAGGCGCUCUCAUUGCCAUCCUCAACGUGAGUGUUGCCUGCUGGCUUUUUAUUGUUCCUAGUUCCCUGUUUUGAUUUAACUUCUUUCAGCAACGCCUUUUGGAAGUCUCGGAGACGUGGGUGAUUCAUAUUGGAAAGCGAACCCACAAUUCGUAUUUCAGACUACUGCAUGCAAUUAGGGACCCUCCCGAGCCCAAUGUUUUAUGACUUCUCUGGCCUGGUUAGAGAGCUGGAGGGGUUGUGCAGCGCACUGUGCGUUCCUCUCAGAUGUGGAGCAGCAGCAUGGUGCCCUCCACCACCAGACAUACAGCGUACAAUCACAUUUUCCAGCCCUACCCUUGGUCCUCUCACUUUGUCUGACCCACACUAUUUCCCUCCUCUCCUCCCUACAGGUGCGCCACGUAUCAGACUUCUUCAAGCAGGGUCCUCCCCGCUGCUCCAGCCCAGAGACGGCCGAGAACGAGGAACUGGAGCGCCGCAAACCCAGCCUGCAGAUUGCAGACGCAGAUCACAACAACCAUUACAGCUACCCAGGGCCUGUGUGAGAGGGGCCAACCCAGGGGCCCCCAGACUGUAAACCGCUCUCACAACAAGCUCCCACAAACCACUGGACUGACUGACGGGGCUGCGCAGAGUACCAGAAUCCUCUAUGGCCUGGGUGCACCAACGCAUGAGUGGGAGAGGACUUUUAUAUUGGGACAUCAUGUUUGAUGUUCACUACUUUUUUAGUAUAUUUGUCUCAUGUUUUUAUGCUGUUGUUUUUUACACAAUAGAUUAGGUAAGAGUACCAAACAUUCAGAUAAGAAAGAAAAAAAGAAAGAAGGAGAAAGACCAUUCUCAGAAGAGAAAAUGUCUAGAUGAGUCCCAUUUUAGUGCACCUUAGUCAUAUGAGUAAUCUGAACUUCAGUGGGAGUUUGGGAUUGAUAUGUUGAAUGUUUCAUCUAUGUGAAAUGGACUGCAGUGAUUUAGAAAUGUUGAUGUUGAUUGUGUAAGCUUGAUAUACCACUAGAUCACAAACAAUCAAUGCAAACGUUUGGCAUAAAGAUUUUAGCUAUGUAUAU